UGAGCGCGCGACACGCGUUUUUUAACCCGCGUCUCCCGCCAAAAACUCGAUUUGACGUUUCGGGUCGGGUUCAAAUUUUUUAUUUUUUUUAUUUUUCGGUAUCGGUGCAUUGAACUUGUGCGUUGAGCGGCCGAUGUGUACUAUGUUAGUAGCGCCGCAGUGAAAGUGCCCUGACGUAACAUUACAUUAUUGUAGGCGUAAUGGCUGAUAUUCAGUUAUGGCAGCGAUCUUUAGAUUUUCUUAUCUAUGUCCUGGUGCUUUCAGUGGGAGUAGACGGCCAGCGGUCUGCUCACCCGGUGUCAUUUGUGGAUCCCGGAGGAUACAGGAACCCGUACAUCCAGUCCAGACAUCCGGAGUGGGGGCAGUUCCCGCUGCCCAGGAAAAGAUCUGAUGGUCCGACGUACUAUAACAGAGCCUACGAGCCCUACCCUUACAAUGAGGAAGCGAGACAUCCAGGGCUGCUGAGGUUUCAGGGUUACCAGGACUACAAUGACAGACCACCAGUCAGAGUCAUCCAAACUGACUCAGAUCAGAAUGAUGGCCGUCUGUUCUCAGAUUCAGCGUUCACCAGAAUAUCGGAAACACUGGGAGCGAUAAACACAGUUGGACAUUACUUGGUUGACAUCGUAAAGGAAAACGAAAGGAACGUAUCAGAUCCAAAUCUACAAAAACUGCCUGGAGCGAUAUACACCUUGACCAAAAACGUUUUAGGCACGAACGUGACGGACACAAUAGCUCCUAUCGUUAAGAAAGCGCUUCCCAAGGUGUUGCCAGAUGCUCCCAUAACUAAAAUAGCGACUGGGGACGUUGACUCAAAGGAAUGCACCACACCAGACGGAGAGCAAGGGUACUGCGAGGACCUGAGCAACUGUCCGCAGCUGCUUCUCAAUCUCGUCGGCUUGAGAGAGUCCUUGUGCUUUAAAGAGCUGUUCGUUCCUGGAGUGUGCUGCCCGAGAGACGCCGUGAUCGCGACGCCGGCGAUCGAAAAGCCAGCGGUGUCGACGACUAGCAAGCCUACCUUCCUAGUACCGGUUACAACACCUGCAACCGUACAGCUCACAACCAAGAAGCCUUCGGGAAUAAUAUCGCUCACGACGAAGAAGCCAAAGGUAACGAAAGCGACGACCACAACUCGGAAGCCGACGACGAGGACCACUCCGCGGACCACAACAACUACUGUCACCACUACGACGACAACUACAACGCAUGCUGUGCCGCAGUUCAUCGGGAACUAUUCCAACAUUGUCGACAUUGAGGAUUGUGGACAACGCGAGGACGAGGGAGGUCGUAUUGUCGGCGGUACGGAGUCCAAGCCUGGUGCCUGGCCCUGGAUGGCAGCCAUCUACCUUCACGGCAGCAAACGCCGGGAGUUCUGGUGCGGGGGGACGCUGAUCGAUAAACGACAUGUGCUGACAGCCGCACAUUGCACCAGGGACUCCAAACAGAGACCGUUCCCGGCCCGUCAGUUCAGCGUGCGUCUGGGCGACGUAGACCUGGCGCGUGACGACGAGCCGUCGCGGCCCGUCACGCUGCGGGUGGCGGCGGUGCGCGCGCACGACCAGUUCUCCCGCGUUGGCUAUUACAACGACAUCGCGGUGCUGGUGUUAGCUGAGAACGUCCAGAAGUCAAAGUACGUUAUUCCCAUCUGUCUCCCGCGAGGGGAUCUCGCAAGGCGGACCUUCGACGGCGCCACCGCCACUGUCGUCGGCUGGGGAACUACCAGAUACGGCGGUUCGGAGAGUUCUCGCCAGCUAGAGGCGCGGCUGCCGGUGUGGCGGAACGAGGACUGCGACCGCGCGUACUUCCAGCCCAUCACCGAGACCUUCAUGUGCGCCGGCUACCCGCGCGGCGGCGUCGACGCCUGCCAGGGUGACUCCGGCGGUCCCCUCAUGCUGCUCGCGGCUGGUCGCUGGACGCAAAUCGGCGUGGUCUCCUUUGGCAACAAGUGCGGAGAACCAGGAUAUCCUGGGGUCUACACGCGUGUCACGCAUUACCUUAACUGGCUCACGCAUAACGUAACGUAAUUUAUACGCGUGUCAGGCAUUCUCCAUUACAUUGACUGACUCACGCGUGUCACGGAUUACCUCAACUGGCUCACGCAUAACGUCAUAUGACACCAUACGAGCGAACUGAGAUUGAAUGCCUCUCCUCUCACCCGGCAACUCUCUCCGCUCCACGUUUAGGUAUGAAACUCGUGAGCAUUAGCAACCGAUCGCUCUUGUAGGGGCUCCCGUACCUCACUACGCCCAUGUCUGGCUCACGUAUAACGUCAUAUUAUAACAUCAUACGCGUGUCAGGCAUUCCCCAUUACAUUGACUGGCUCACGCGUGUCACGCAUUACCUCAACUGGCUCACGCAUAACGGCACAUAAACGCACACGCGUGUUAGGUAUUCCCCAUUACAUUGACUAGCUCACGGGUGUCACAUUACCUCAACUAACUCAUUCUGUGAGCCUUAUUCAAUGGUAGUGUAAAGUGUUGCCAUAUUCAAUAAUAACAUCAACUAAUAUAACUCCAUUUAAAUGCUAAAAUCAAGGAGAAUAAUAUUUACUUAUAUUUUAAUUAACAUCAUUCCUUUUCGUUUCGGACAAGAGGGCAAAUGUAUUUUGGUAUUUUUCCAAUG